GAGGGUCGGGGGGAAGGCACUGGGCGGUGUGGAGCGGCACAAUGUUAUUAUCGUGAUUGUAGAAUUUGGCGGGGCAGCAUAUCAACCUCCCCCAAACCACACAUACGACUCACAAAAGACGAAGCAGGCCACAUUUACGCUUUAUAUCCCGCAACGAUCUCAGAAAUCAAAUACUACAAAUACCUAAUUUAUUUCUCCGGCUAUGGUUCGCCACAAGAAGGACGGCUUCGGCCCCAAAGGCAAGAAAUACGCCAACGCCCCCCGCCAACGCGGCCCCAGAGAUGACGAUUCCGAAGUCCCCCACGCCCGCCCCUCUUUCCGCGCCGCAUGUUGGGAUCUCGGUCACUGCGAUCCGAAGCGCUGCUCUGGCCGCAAACUUAUGAAGCAAGGCCUGAUGCGCGAGCUCGCGAUCGGCCAGAAGCAUUCCGGCGUCAUCAUCACCCCCAACGGCAAGGCGACCGUCUCCCCCGCAGACCGCGAGAUAAUGGAGGCCUACGGCGCAGCGGUGGUAGAGUGCUCAUGGGCGCGCACGAGUGAAGUGCCGUGGGCGCGCAUCGGCGGGAAGUGCGAGCGUCUGCUACCAUAUCUUGUGGCGGCGAACUCGGUGAACUACGGAAAGCCAUGGCGCCUAAACUGCGUGGAGGCCCUAGCGGCAGCGUUUUAUAUCUGUGGACAUCCUGAGUGGGCAGAGGAGAUAUUGGCGCCAUUUAGCUAUGGUAGCGCGUUCUUGGAAAUUAAUAGCAGUAUUCUGAAGCGCUACGCUGCGUGUGAGGAUGAAGCGGGCGUGAAGAAGGCACAGGAGGCGUGGAUGGAGAGAUUAGAGAAGGAAUAUACGGACAGUAGGGAGGAAGGGGCAGCGGAUGAUAUUUGGAAGAGCGGGAACACCAACCACAGAGCCGCCGUGAGUUCCGACGAAGAUGAAGAUGAUGAUGAGGAUGGGGAAGACGACGACGAUGAGGGUAGCAUAGACGGAAUAUACCUCGGCUCCAAACCCCCGAAAAACUCCUCGGACCCAUCUUCCUCCAUCCCCCAAAACGACCGCGACCCCUUCGAUCUCUCCGACGACUCCGAUGACGAAGCGGAAAUGGCUGAACUGCGCCGACAAGUCCUCGCCUCGAAACCUUUCUCCAACCCCGUCUCAACUUCCAAACCUUCUCCAGCGCAUAUUCCGUGUCCCGGGCCGGUCGCCGAACCUGAUGUACAGGCGGAUUCAGAUAAUGGAUCCGAUGGCGAUGAUGACGAGUUUGACAGCAUUAUCGAUGCGACAGUUGUUACGGACCGGACGGGGAUCGAGGCGAAGCAGAGAGCGAGGAGAGAGGAUGUGCCGCUUGCAAGUGUGAGCUAUUCGCGGACAGUUAUCGGAGCACCGAAGAAGAGGUAGACUUGGGU